ACGGGGAAAUACAACAGAAUCGAAAUACAGAAUACUGGGUGAACGACACACUGGGAGUCACUUGCAACCUUUAGGGUUGAAUCUCCAGAGAUGGAAAUGAAUCAACAGCAUAAUGAGGGCAACGAAUCUUUCGUGGCCUUGAUGAACGGUUUUGCUGGUGACGGGACGGCAACACUACCGAAUGAUGGGGAGCAGAGAAUGAGUAUUCCAGCAAGAGAAUUAUUUGCAGCAAUUGAGGCCGACUCAGGCUUGUUGCCUGUGAACAGUAGCAACACUAAUGAAAAAAGGAAGAGGCGUCUACAGAGGCUCACUGGCAAACAGUCGGAGGUACUUGAGGGGUUUUUCAGCAUCUGUGGGCAUCCCGAUGAUGGACAAAAGAGGCAUCUGAGUGAGACAACAGGUCUUGGUUUAGAUCAAGUGAAGUUUUGGUUUCAGAAUAAAAGAACACAAGUAAAGACUAUGUGCUGGAAGGAAGAGAACUAUAAGUUGUCGGUGGAGAAUGAAAUUCUGAGGGAUGAGAACAGGAGAGUUAAGAUAGCUCACUGCACUGCUGUAUGCCUCACUUGCUGUAAUUCAUCAGUACAGAACCAGCUUGCCGUUGAGAUGGAAAGGUUAAUGGGGCAGAGUGAGUGGCUGCAACAAGAGAUUGCACGGUCGAAUGGAACACCCCCGGCUGCAAACCUUGCCUUUCAACUUAAUUCAUCAGCAGACUAUGUAUUUUCAGGGCAACAUGACCAACAAAUGAUUGCUGAACUAGCCAAAAACGCAAUGCACGCAUUGAUUAUUUUGGCCGAAUCCCAUGUCGCUCUAUGGUUUCCCGUCCCUGGCUGUUCUUAUGAAGUAUUGAACAAGAUGGCUUAUGACCAAGCAUAUCCUGGGGAUAACAGUGCAAACGCCAUUGGAUUCAAGACAGAGGCUACUCGUGCAGUUUCUAUGGUGAUGAUGGACUACAAAAGCGUUGUGGAUUUCCUCAUGGAUCCUUACAACUACCGAACUUUCUUUCCUGAAGUUAUUUCCGGGGCAGUAACCAACAGGAUCUACACGUGGCCUACCAGUGAUGGUUAUAAUGGGGUUAUACAACUGAUGACUGUCGAGAUGAUGUUCCCAUCGCCCCUGGUACCGGCUAGGAAAUGCACAUUCCUGCGCUAUUGUAAUGUGCUGAACGAAGGAUUAGUGGUCGUCAUUGAUGUGUCAUUGGACGAUGGCAGUAUCUUCUCCAAAUGCCGUAAAAUGCCAUCAGGGUUUCUGAUCCAAUCCAUAAGGCCAAACAGCUGCAAGGUCACUGCCAUAGAGCACGUCCUUGCGGAUGACACCGGUGUUCAUGAGCUCUACCAGCCUUGUAUGAAUGGACUCGUCUUCGGAGCUCGGCGCUGGGUGGCGACCAUGGCGCGGCAGUCUGCACGCAUGAGAGAUGUUCAUCACAACAAGACAGCUCCGCAAGUCAGCACGAAGGGGAGGAAGAAUCUAAUGAAGCUAGCGGACGACCUGCUCGCGAGCUUCGCCGGCGGCAUCGCCGCCACUGGCGGAGGAACGUGGACCGUCGUGAUCGGCGCCGGCACGGAGAAGGACAUCAGGGUCGCGUACAGGAGGACCACCGAGGGCAGCAGCAGCUACAACGCGAUCCUGUCCGUCACCGCGUCCCUGCGUCUGCCGCUGCCCAUGAGGAAAACCUUCGAUCUGCUCAGGAACCUUACUCACCGCUGCAAGUGGGACGUCCUGGUGCACGGCAGCGUGGUGAAGGAGGAGGUCACCAUCGCCAGAGGCGUCGGGAACGACGACACUGUCACCGUCCUCCACUGCAAGCGCGCCGGCAGGGAGGACAGGGGAAGGACCAUGAUCCUGCAGAACAACGGGUACGACGCGUCGGGCUCGUUCAUGGUCUACUCCCAGAUCGACAGCGAGCUGAUGAACACCAUGGUCCUGAGCCCCAGCGACCUGCCGCCCGGGCGGGGCGGGCCGUCCCUCUACCCCACCGGCUUCUCCCUUCUCCCUGACGUCGAGGCUGCCCAGGACAGCAGCGGCAUCGCCCUCGGCGAGGUUGGGGGAACUCUCAUGACCAUGGGCUUCCAGAUUCCGGUGAAGCUCGCCAGUGGGGAUCGCAUGUAUUCCCGGUCUGCGGCAUCGGCAAUCAGGCUCAUGACUGACACCAUUGCCCUCGUCAAGAAGACGCUGAUGAACGAGCAUUCUGGUAUCUACGGGGUUAGCCCGUUCCACCCCUAGAUUCAGAAAAACACCAGAGGGAGAAAAGGGAGGUCCGUGUGCAGAUAAAAAUCAAGAACAUGCGAAGGGGAUUCAUCGGCUCCGAUCACCCUGCAUCUCCCAGAAUUUGCUGAAUUAAUUAGAACUUUAAGGUUGUGUUAACAACCUGUAAUAAUGUUUUUAAGGCCAAACUUAUAUCGUGUCUUUGCUGUAAUAAUGUAGUAUGCGCCUGAUGGAUGUCGACUGCCGUGUACCGAUGCAGUUUGCUUCGCAGAGACGCGGAUACAUUUGCUAUCGUAUGGAUGCUCCUUUAGAACCUAUGUUGCCUCUUAAUUUCUAUGGGUGCUAUUUUAGAACAUCGAUGUGCAGUUUUCUUUGCAGAUUUGGUAUUCUAUGGAUGCUCUUUUAGAACUUAAA